UCGACUACUCCACACCUGAAAAUCCGAAGGUUUGUUUGUUGCAGAAACACACCACGCCGUCGACUGCUUCAACCCAGCCGUUGCCGUUACCGUUGCCGGUGCCGUUUUCAUCGUCGAUUGCUGCGACCCUUGCCGUUGAGGAAGACCAAUCAGAUUGCAAGCUUGGCGUCUCCUUCUGUCCACGGCGCCGAAAGUCUAUUAGAAUUAGAACUGGGCGUCUUCUCUCCGUUGCCAAUUCAGAAACAGCCAUGGCCUCUGCUCCUUCCAAGCUCUAUGCAGAUGAUGUUAGCCUGUUAGUGGUUUUACUGGAUACAAAUCCAUUUUUCUGGAGCACAUAUUCUCUCCCAUUCUCCAAGUUCCUCUCUCAUGUACUUGCUUUUCUGAACUCCAUUUUAGUUCUGAAUCAACUUAAUGAGGUUGUGGUCAUUGGUACCGGAUAUGCUUCAUGCAAGUAUCUAUACAACUCGUCUUCUUACUCAAAUCGUAGCCUUGAAGAUGGUAGAAUGCCUGCACUUUGCACUCGUUUAUUGAAUAAUUUGGAGGAAUUCAUGAUUGGGGAUGAGCAGUCAAUCAAGGAAGACCCCAGAGAAGGGACCAUGUCUUCACUUCUUUCUGGAUCGCUAUCCAUGGCUUUGUGUUAUUUACAGAAAGUUUUCCGAUCUGGAUCUCUCCAUCCCCAUCCUCGGAUCCUUUGCUUGCAGGGAUCCCCAGAUGGACCUGAACAAUAUGUUGCAAUCAUGAAUUCCAUCUUUUCUGCUCAGCGUUCAAUGGUUCCUAUAGAUUCAUGUUACAUUGGUUCGCACAAUUCUGCAUUUCUUCAGCAGGCUUCUUACAUUACUGGUGGCGUUUAUCUGAAGCCUCAGCAAAUGGAUGGGCUAUUUCAGUAUCUCUCUACUGUGUUUGCUACCGAUUUGCAUUCCCGGACGUUCUUACAGCUUCCGAAGUCUGUCGGUGUGGAUUUUCGUGCAUCGUGUUUUUGCCACAAAAAAACAAUUGAUAUGGGCUUUGUCUGUUCUGUUUGUUUAUCUAUAUUCUGCAAGCAUCACAAGAAAUGCUCUACCUGUGGGUCAGUUUUUGGUGAGACCCCAGUAGCGGUCGAUUCAGUGUCGAAACUGAAGAGAAAAACUCCAGAAACAUGAUUUAACUCUGCUGAGAUGACUCUGAUCUGAAAGAGGUCUGGACAUUGUACGAUUCAGAUCGUUAGUUCGAACAUUCUGAGCCAGUAGUUGGAUCAUGCGACGUGGAACGAUAGCAAGCUAGGUCAUGCAUCUGUAUUCAUCUUUUCCAGGGCUCACAAAUCUGGCAACAAGGUUUCUAUGGAACUUGAGAGACUUCAACUGGAAAAGUUAGUCUGAUGCACUUGCACUGAAAGCUUGAAAGGCUUAGAAGUAAAUGUAAAUUUAUAUUUUUU